AUGGUUCCUAGGAGUGUAGCAGCACAUAUUUCUUCGAAAAAAUUAUAUCUCUUGGAACUAGAAAAUUUAGAUAGAAAAGUAUUUGGUGACAAGUUUGUAGACAGAUUGUCGGAAUCUCCAGCCAGCGAAAACGAUAGUACUGUAACUAAAGAAGUAGAGUUGAAAGAUAAAAGAAAGAGCGAUGAUGUCUUCUUGUGGGAGAAUCCUUUACAUCAAAAAACGCCUAGCGUGAGUAAGCUGAACACCCACACGCCAGACGAGCAAGCCGACAUAGAUUUCGACGCUCCUGAAGCAGUUACUACACCAGAGGCUAAACCUGAUCCUGAAGAGGCUACAGAUGAAGUCGAUUCGAAACCACUAACCACGGAGCUACCUACUUCCAACGGAACCGUACCUGCCAUGACCAAUUCCUGCGAGGAGGUCACCGAAAGCGUUAAAACUUCUUCUCUUCUACCCUCUCCCAACGAAUUCGGAGGUGGGAACCCGUUUUUGAUGUUCUUGUGCAUCACGUUGCUCAUGCAGCACCGAGACCAUAUCAUGGGAAAAGCAAUGGACUACAACGAGAUGGCGAUGCAUUUCGACAAGAUGGUGAGGAAACACAACGUCACCAGGGUUUUGAAUCAAGCUCGGCAGAUGUAUGCGAGGUACAUGAAGCAGCGCAGUAUCGCUCAGCAGAGGGUAGAAAAGAACGAAGAUUGUUAGAAUAUUAGGUUUUUGGUUGAAGAGUACUGUGAUAUUUUUUCUGUAUUAUUUAUUUUUUAAUGUACAUACUUUAUAGGGUAUUUUUUUACUUAGUUUUUGUUUUUCGUCAAUUUUACUCCUAUAGGUUAGGGAUAAAGUGCACCUAAUAAAAUAAUUAUUUAUCAAA